GAAUUAUUAUGUAGACUUGAACACUGUGUUUCUACUCUAAGCCGCUUGGAGCGCUCCAGAACAAAUCAGGUGGCCUUGGCCAUGAAUUCAGGUCAUAGUUCAUGGCAAGUGGGCGGGUUACAAACUUAUUUUUCUACAACAUCCCUGGCCUAAAAUGGCUACUGCAGUCUUUAGGUGGUUAACUGUGUCCGUUCAGGGGAUUUUGCAGAUCUCUGGGCUGACUGGGCAGACUUUUCUCGUCUUCUGCACGGCCUUCCUGCUGGCAUGUUUCCUCUUGAAGCGUUCCAAAAACCUGCCCCCCUACCCGGCAGGACGUGUGCCUGUUCUCGGGCAUCUCCUCGCCUUGGGCCAGGCGUCUCACCUCAAGCUGACGGCGUGGAGGCGGCAGUACGGGGACGUCUUCACCGUCAGGAUGGGGAUGAAAGACGCGGUGGUUCUGAACGGCUACACUGCCGUCAAGGACGCGCUCGUGGACAGGUCCGAACUGUUCGCGUCCAGGCCACCAAACUAUCUGCUGGAUUCAACAUCUGGUUUCGGAAAAGACGUUGCUUCUGGGCGUUGGGGAACCGAGUUCAAACAGAGAAAGAGGUUUGUCACCGCCACCUUAAAGAACCUUGGCAUGAAGGUCGGACAAGACAGCAUUGAAGAAGACAUCCGAGAGGAGGCGAGCUUUCUACGAAAUAGGAUUACAGAAUACGAGGCAAGGCCUUUUGACCCCGCCCAUGACGUCACGGUGGCGAUUGCUAACGUCAUCUGCUCCAUGGUGUUCGGGAGGCGCUAUGACUACGAGGAUGAGACGUUCCGCGAACUCACUGAAGGGAUUGGCGCGGUAGUGGCUGAUCAUGGAGCUGGACAGAUCAUCAGCGUCUUCCCUUUCUUAAGGUUUGUUCCUGGAGUGAACUGGGUAAGCCGGAGUGUAUCUGCACACAUCGCCAAGAUCCAAAAGAUGGAGAAAGAAGAAAUAUCUCGCCAUCGCGAACACCUUGAUAGCGAGAACCCGCGAGACUUCCUGGACUUCUGCCUGCUGGAGCUGGAACAGCAGGACAAGCUCGAGGGUCUGACGGAAGAACACGUCCUGUACAUGGCACAGGAUAUUUUCUUCGCCGGCACGGACACAACUUCCAACACACUGCUGUGGAGUCUGCUAUACAUGACUUUGAACCCGGACAUCCAAAAUAAGGUCCAUGAGGAGCUUGAUGCCGUUGUUGGUGAGAGUCUGCCCGCCCUGUCCCACCGUUCCCAGCUGCCCUACGUGAACGCCUGUCUGCAGGAGGUCAUGAGGAUCCGCCCAGUUGGACCUCUUGCCAUUCCCCACGCCACGACAGAAGCAGUCAGAGUAGGAGAAUAUGACCUCCCCAAGGGAACCCAGGUAUUACUGAACCUGUACUCCCUCCACAUGGACCCCGCCUACUGGCCUGAUCCGGACCGGUUUGACCCCGAAAGGUUUCUGGACGCGGAAGGGAAAGUCAUCAACAAGCCCGAAUCUUACUUGCCUUUUGGAGGAGGUCGUCGGGGUUGCCUUGGUGAGCAGCUGGCCAGGAUGGAACUUUUCCUGUUCUUCACUGCCCUGCUGCAGUCCUUCACCUUCAAGGCGCCAGAUUGCGCUCCACCUCCAAACGCCGAUGGCAUCCUUGGUCUGACAUUGACACCGCAUCCGUUCCAGCUCUGUGCGAUUCCACGUUGAGAGGCUUUUGCCAAGAUGUGUAUGUGUACAUCUGUGUAUGUUUGUGCGUAAACAGAAUAACUAGAGAAGUCAUGGCUAGAUCUUUAUGAUAGUUGAUAUGUUGGUAGGUUUUGAUUUUCCUUGAUCUGGAUAUGGUAUAGUAAUUUAAAUUUUGUAAGGGUAGAUAGUUCUUGAACUCACAAAAAGUGGUGUUGGUUCAUCCCCUGGCAGUUUUGUAAAUAAUUAUAGGGGUCAAUUUUGUUUCAA